AUAAAAACGUGCAGAAAAUUACAUUAUAGAAAAAUGAAAAAUGCAGGCAGAAUUGUGUGGAAUCUGCGAGGACAGCACCAUCAGGUGCUUUAAUGAAGGAUCUGUUCCACCGUGUCCCAGAGUGCAGUUGAACCCUUAGCUCAGAUUAUGACCCAGUAACUGAAAAGCCCUCAAAGGUGCAGCUGCAGCUGCAGUAUGUGAGUGAGGUUGCCAUGGAGAUCGCGUGUGAGGAGGUGAUGCAUGUGGUUGGAGCUGAACUGGAACUACAACAGGAUGGAGACAUUAGCCAACAUCAUGAAGGCCCUGGCACCUGGAUCGUUCCCAAGCAUUACAAUCUUCAGGAGGACUCCAGUGAGGAUGAGGAUGGCGUGCCGAUGCAGGUGCUCCGCGAGGGCCUGGGCGACUGCGUGUGUUGUGUGUGCGGUGAGCGCUUCGCGUUCCUCGCCCACCUGAUUGAGCACUUCGGUGUGCACAGGUCCGAUGUGCGCUGUCACCUCUGCCAGGUGAUGUUCCCACGCGUCAUCUCACUGGCCCUGCACCUGGAGAACUCCCACUCAGGGUGCCGCCUUUUCUGCGAUGGCUGUGGCCUCACCUUCCGUAGCGCCUGGCACAUGAACGAGCACAUGGAGCAGCACGCGCGGAGGAAGGAGGUGCCAGGACCGCGCACUCUGAGGCCUUCGUCGUCGUACCAGAAUUCCCGGGAGGUGGAGAUGGUGGAGGAGUCCGUGGUGGAGAACGAGGAGAUGAACGUAAAGUACCUGAAGGACGAGGAGCAGGAGGUGGAGGUGACAAAGGUCAACGGGUCCAUAGAAAACCACAUCCUGGAUAUUCCAGAGAAUCGGCUGGUGUUGCGAGCUUGCGAGCUUGAUCAUAAUUAUUAUUGCACACGGAGCCUCCCAAAGCCUAUGGUUGUCCCAGUGAAUGCACACAACAUGCUGGGCUCUGUCGUGGAAACUUCAGACAAAGUCACAAACACCAGCAGCGAAACUUUAUAUGUGAACAAUAAUAAAUCACACACUAGGACAUCCUCCAAAGACUCGGAGCCUGAGGGUGGUCAGCAGGAAACGGUCAAAGUUGUGGUGCUUCGCAAUUUGCCCCAGAAAGCGGGCAGGACUAGCGCGUCCAUUUUGGAAGCAGCCUAUAACAAGGUGAUGAAAAGCCAAAGUCGGAGAGUUGAUGCCGUCGAAGGAAAAGCCGCUGUUUGCGGUUCUGCCUCGGCCGUCCCACAGUCAGCGCCGGUUGAGCUGAACAUCAAAGUGGAAGACGACUACGAAGACGGUGGUUGGGAUUGCGGCCCGAUUCAGGAGGAAGUUGUGAAGGAAGAAGACGAGGACAGCGUCCCUAGCAGCGACCAGGACGACGGCGAUUCGUUGCCCCCGGGUGACUCGGCGUAUACCCCCGAGGAGGAUCUGAACUCUGACACCGACUCCACCACGUCCAUCAACUACAACAGUGACACCUCAGCAGACGGCUUGCAGAGAUCUCGCAGCAAAGGGAGAAGGCUGAGGGCUAGGAGCGGGCGACAGAAGCGAGCGCGCAGCAGCGUGGUCCAGAAGCCCCUCGCCGCGGCCCUAGAGCCAGGCUCGUCCGUAGACGGCUCAAUCUGCGUCUCCUGCGGCCUCCGCAGAGAUCCUGGUGCGGUGGGGCGGUGCGGCUGCGCACCGCUGCACGCUUGCUGCCUGUGCGGCCUCGCGCAAGGGACGGAAGAGCAGCUGCUCAAACACCAGGCCGAGAAGCACCCGUCCACCAAGUACGUCUGCGCCAGCUGCCUGUGCGUCUUUCCCGACCAGAAUAUUUUCACAAAGCACGCCUGCUGCAGCAAGCCCGAGACGCCUGCCGGCCCACCGCUGGCCCAGGACAAGAACGCAGGCAGCUCCAAAAAUCUGCCCCUGAUGAUUCUGAAUUUUGUGCCUUCACCCUCCACUGGAGGGCCUUCUAAGCCCCCUCUCAGCACCGGGGACAGUCAGUGCAGGGCCUUGCCUGCCCUUCUGCUCACCAACAAUGUCAUCGUUAACCCUCUUCAGAAACUUGGCGCCUUGACAAACUCCUCGCUGCCUGUUUUGCCCAGCAAACCGUCCUCGCCCUCUAAUCAAUCAGUGCCAGUGCAGGUAAUGGCCACUAUGUCACUGAACAGUGAGCAGAAGGUAACGGGUUUAGUCUUAAAAGGGGCACAGGGCCCAGGGAUGUCUGUAUCUACAGUGUCUCAGGCAGAGACGGGGCAGCUUAACGUAGUAAUGCAUCCGCAGACCAAAGCGGAGAGAGCAGCUCCCUCUGCCGCUGACGUGAAGCCAGCUAAAAUGGUUAUCCAAGGCGUCGUCAUGUCCCAGCACCAGCUAGGUUCUGCAGGCCAGCCCGCCUGCGUGCCUGUCCGCAUGCCCUCCUUGAUGGCGUCCCUUCUGGGCCCCUCAGCCGCCAGCUCGCCCGCGCAGCCCCAGCAGUCCAGGGUGGCUCUGCGCAUCCCCACCUACCCCUGUACUUCCACCAAAGUUUCUGUGUCUUUCUCGCCCACCCCCGUCCAGUUUCCUGCACCCACGAUCGCUUCAGCCAACGGACCCAAGACCCUGCCGCCCAGGAACCAGCUGUCUGCAGGACGUGUCAGGCCAAUGACACUCCGCUUACCUGCUCCUGGACUGAUUCCUGGUCCCGUUCCUGGUCCCACUCUUGGUCCUGCUCCUCUUCCUGGUCCCGCGCUCGGUCCCGUUCCUGCUGGUGCUCUUGGUCCCACUUCUGCUCCUUCACCUGCUCCUAUUCCUCUCUCCAGCAUCGCAUCCACCCCUGCGCAGUUCCCCACAUGCCUCCAAAGUCCCGCCGGCUGCUCCCCCACCCCCCGGUCCCAACCCCCAUCCCAGGGCCCGCUGAAGAUUGUCGCCAUGUUCGUCAACCAGAGCCAGGAGCUGGCGCUACAGAAACGCCUGCGCCAGUCCUGGAGCUCCAAGGCCGUUUUUCCCUGCAGGCAGUGCGGCGCCAUCUCCAGGCAACCGUCGCUGGGCGUGCGCCACCGCUACAAGCACCGUGGCCCGCGCCGGCACCGCUGCCAGUGCGGUAGGGCCUUCCAGCGGCGCCUGCACCUGCUGCGACACCAGGUGCAGCACGCCGAGGCCGUGCGCUACGUGUGCGCCGCCUGCGGACGCACCUUCCAAGGGACGCACCGGCUGGGCCGACACAGAUCGGACGCGAUCGCCAAGGCCGGGCCCGGCCAACCACGGACUGAGAAGGAAUGCAGAAACCUGUUCCACUGUGUCUGUGGGCAGGCGUUCGCCAGACCUGCCGCCUUGCUGUGGCAUAUGCUGAAAAAUUCUAAGUCCCGAAAAAAACGCUUAAAAAAGUUUCUAAUUUAGCGACAUGGCUGUUGUAGGUUAGGUACCUGUGUCCUGCAUGGAUGCUUUGAGGACAGGAGGGUGUAUUUUCCUGUUUGAGUAAGACUGGAUUUUCUGGUUUCAGAUGGUCUUUGUUGUAGGCCUGUGUGAUCAUAUCAAAUAUUGAUGGGUCUCUGAUGUUUUUGUUAGAUCAUAAUA